UCCUCUUUCUCAUCUUCAACAAUACCAAAUCAAAACCAUUCAUUCAUUCAAUCAGAAGAAAUGGACGAAAUCGACGUGCCUCCCUUCUUCCUCUGUCCUAUCUCCCUCGAACUCAUGAAAGACCCCGUGACAGUCUCCACCGGAAUCACCUACGACCGCCACAGCAUCGAGAAAUGGCUCUUCGCCUCCAACAACGACACGUGUCCCGUCACCAAGCAGCCUCUCCUCCCAGACCUCACUCCCAACCACACCCUCCGCCGUCUCAUCCAGGCCUGGUGCACCGUCAACGCCUCCCAUGGCAUCCAACGAAUCCCAACGCCCAAGCCCCCCGUUGACAAAACCAUCAUCCAAAACCUUCUCAAAGACGCUUCCGGCUCCCCAAACCUCCAGCUUCAGUGCCUCCGAACCCUAAAAUCCAUCGCUUCCGAGUCCCAAACCAACAAACGCUCCAUCGAAUCCGCAGGCGCUGUUAAAUUCCUAGCUUCGGUUAUAACCAACACUGUAAACUCCUGUUUAGACGAUGACGUGGAGCUGGAGUUGAAAGCAAGCGUGGCGGAUGAAGCAUUGAGCUUGUUACACAACCUUCACUUGUCCGAACCGGGUUUGAAGACUCUACUGAGUCACCCCGAGUUUCUAAACUCGUUAACCAAGGUUAUGCAGAGAGGAAUCUACGAGUCACGUGCUUACGCUGUUUUUCUACUGAAGUCGUUGUCGGAAGUGGCGGAGCCGGUGCAGUUAAAUAACCUGAAACCGGAAUUGUUUGUCGAACUGGUUCAAGUCCUGAAGGACCAGAUUUCGCAGAAGGGUUCCAAGGCCACACUUCAGACGCUGAUUCAGGUGUGUCCGUGGGGGAGGAACAGGGUGAAAGCGGUGGAGGCCGGGGCGGUGCCGGUUAUCGUGGAGCUUCUUCUUGAAUACAGGGAGAGGAAGCCCUGCGAGAUGAUGCUCGUUGUGUUGGAGACUCUGUGUCAGAGCGCGGACGGGCGCGCGGAGUUGCUGGCGCACGCGGCGGGGGUGGCGAUCGUGGCCAAGAAGAUUCUGAGGGUGUCGACGAUGGCGAACGACAGGGCGACGAAGAUUCUGUUGGCCGUGUGUAGAUUCUCGGCGACGCCCAGCGUGUUGCAGGACAUGGUGCAGCUGGGGGUGGUUGCGAAACUCUGCUUGGUGCUGCAGGUGGAUAGCGGGAACAAGGCGAAGGAAAAAGCCAAGGAGAUUCUCAAACUGCACGCCAAAGCGUGGAAGAACUCGCCUUGCAUACCUGUGCACUUGCUUGCUUCGUUUCCAACCAGUGCGUGAAAGAAACGAAUCAUACCAAGUUUCUUUUCUUUCAUCGCUCAUCAAUCAUAUCAAACACUCCGUGUAUCCAUUGGUUUCAGGUCGGAACAAGUCACACGACAAAGUUGUUUCGUAUCAGAUCAAAUGAAAACCAAACUCAUUCAUGAUUUAUCCACCACAAACACAAACCCCUUCAAGUCAUUUUCCACUUUAUCUCAUUCCAAAACCUGCUCAAAGACUGAUCCUUUCUUCGAUACCAGUGAAAGAAAACUGAAAUUAGAUCACAGUUUUGAGUUUUUCAUUCCCUGCUUGGUCGAUUCUUGUUUCUUGAUUUUGGUGUCGUUUUUCGUGUACAGAUUUGUUUGCAAACAAAGGAUAGCUGUGGGCGUCAAAUGUUGCCCCCGAAGAAAUUUAGAAUUUAUUUCAAUUUCAUUUAGUGGAUAUACGACAGACUAUUUCAUACUCA